GUCAGGGAGAGAUGUGCACUCCAUCCUGUGCAAGAGCCACUGUGCCCACCCCAUCAAUAGCUGGCUAGCUGGCAGGCUUGUCCAGAGACAUCACAGGCCAGGGCAUGGUGGUGAACACUGCCUGCAGAGCCAGAGGUUGCUAGAAGGAAGGGUGAUCUAGGAGUCAGGAAUAAUGUUCAUCAGAAAGCUUGUUUGGGGGUUCACCAACAGAGACUGAAGCCAGGGAGACAUCAAGAUUAGGGAGCCCAAAGUGAUCUGACUUUGGAAGAUACAUGGAUGAGGAAACUGGGCAGUGAACCCACGCCCCUUUCAGUUACAUCAACACCAGGAGCUGAGCUGAGAGUGGAAAUUAUUUCCCUGGAGCUUUUUGCCACCAGAUUGAUGGCUACUAUGCUUAAACAUAAUGGAAGGCCCGAUGAAUGUGGUUUGAGGGGGAUGUCUUACAAACCGAACUUGACCGCGCACAUGCCCAACACCUCCCUCAACGCCACUGGGAGCGUCCACCCGCCCUCCACCAGCAUGGCCACGUCCUCCCAGUACCGCCAGCUGCUGAGUGACUACAGACCAUCAUCUCUAGGCUACGUGCAGGGAACAGGGAACAGCCAGGUGCCCCAGAACAAGUAUGUUGAGCUGCUGGCCAUCAUCGAAGAGCUGGGGAAAGAGAUCCGACCCACGUAUGCAGGCAGCAAGAGCGUGAUGGAGAGACUGAAACGAGGCAUCAUCCACGCGAGAGGGCUGGUUCCAGAGUGCUUGGCCGAGAUGGAGCGGAACGCCAGGUCCUAGCCUCGAGUCAGCACGAAAGGCUUUCCAUCUUCUU